CCCGGCCUGGUGUCCCCAGCGCAGCAGCUCGUGUCCCCCGCGGCACACCCGCAGUACCCAGCCCUGCAGUCUGCUCCCAUCCCGCUGGCAGCGCCUCCGCAGCUCUCGGCAUCUUCCACCCAGAUUCAACAGCUGCCCUUGCAGUCGGUGCAGUCGUUACAAGUGCAGCCUGAAAUUCUGUCCCAGGGGCAGGUCUUGGUUCAGAACACUUUGGUUUCCGAGGAGGAACUGCCUGCUGCAGAAGCUUUGGUCCAGCUGCCGUUUCAGACUCUCCCACCGCCGCAGACGGUCGCAGUAAACCUUCAGGUGCAGCCGUCGGUUCCCAUUGAAACUCCAGUGAUUUACCAAGUGGAAAAUGUGUGUGAAGAAGAGAUGCCCGAGGACUCAGAUUGUGUCCACAUGGCUAGAACACCUACACCACCCACCUUGUCUCCACCAGCCAUAACCUUGGGGAAUGGAGAGGCUCUUCAUUCAGAGGAUCCCUUGUCAGAGCACGGGGGACUACCUUCAGUGACAUCAUCAGUCAGUGCCUCAGUAAUUAAAUCUCCAUCUGAUCCCUCACAUGCCUCUAUUCCACCACCACCUCUUUUGCUCCCAGCAGCAACAACAAGGAGCAACAGCACAUCAAUACCUAAUAGCAUUCCUAGCCUAGAAAACAAACCUCCACAGGCUAUUGUUAAACCCCAGAUCCUCACCCAUGUCAUCGAAGGCUUUGUGAUCCAGGAGGGGUUGGAGCCAUUCCCUGUCAGUCGUUCAUCCUUGUUGGUGGAACAGCCUGCAGAGAAGAGUUUGCUAGUGGAGGGUCAGAUCAUGAGUGUUGUGUGUGUUGAGUCAGACUUGCAGAACACAAAACACGCCGACAAUUCAUCAGACACAGAGAUAGAGGAUAUGAUUGCAGAAGAGGGACUGGAUGAAAUGGAAAAUGAUCUUCUGAAGUGUGAAUUUUGUGGAAAAAUGGGAUAUCCCAAUAAGUUUCUGCGGUCGAAAAGAUUCUGCUCCACAUCCUGUGCCAAAAGGCACAGCCUUAGUUGCACUAAGAAAUUUGGGCUGUUUACAUCAGACAAGACCAGUCGUUGGAAUCGGAAGUCAGAUAGCCAAAGUCUUGGGCGACGCGGGCGUCGGCCGAGCGGCCCCGAGGGGGCGUCACGGGAGCAUUUUCUUAGACAGCUUCCAAUUACUUAUCCAUCUGCAGAAGAAGACUUGGCUUCUCACGAUGACGCAGUUCCGACGGCCAUGACCACCCGACUGCGGAGGCAGAGCGAGAGGGAGAGGGAACGGGAGCUUAGGGAGCUGAGGAUGAGGAAGAUGCCCGAGAGCAUCGACUUGCUGCCAGUGGUGCAGACUGACCCCUCAGUAUGGACCGUCGAUGAAGUUUGGGCCUUUAUCCAUUCCUUGCCUGGUUGUCAAGAUAUUGCAGACGAAUUCAGAGCACAAGAAAUUGAUGGACAAGCUCUCCUCCUGUUGAAGGAGGAUCACCUUAUGAGUGCAAUGAAUAUUAAGCUUGGACCUGCAUUGAAAAUCUGUGCACGUAUCAAUUCCUUGAAAGAGUCCUAG